UCGGAAUAUCUGGGAUUAAGGAUGAAAGUGCAUCAUUGGAGUCCAACCAGAAAAGUGGAGGUGUUGAUCGUGUUGAUUGACUCAUAAUUUACUUCAAACGUUCUGCGAGCCAAAGCCAACUAGAACAUUUAUUAUUUUUUCCCUGAAAAAUGAUCAUUCUGUACUACGUAUAUAUGAACAUCCCUGAUGUAAACGUUCUUAUGUCAACGUAUGUUGGUAUGAUUGCAGUUAAUGGCUGUAUGGGUGUGUUGUUAGUAUAAGCAAGUGUGAUAUUAUCAUCAUAGUAUUAUUUGAUAUAAUUAGAAUGUUUGGUUUCGAAAUAGGUUAGAAGUGUAAAGUGACUAUUGUCGUGUUUUAGUAAAAAAUUCAAGUUUGAAGAAUGAAUUUCAUUUCCAAGACGAGCGUAAGUGAGCCACUGAUGAAACCAAUUACGUUGCCGGAUCCGGUUCCAGAGAACGUUAUUGAGGAUAGACGGCUAUGGAUAGGGAAUUUGGAUCAUAGGGUUACUGAGUACCACCUCCUAAAACUUGUGCAAAAAUAUGGCACCAUUGAGAAGUUUGACCUCCUUUUUCACCGCUCAGGACCUUCAGCAGGGCAGCCUCGAGGUUAUGCUUUUGUAACUUAUUCAGCUAAGAAUGAUGCAACAAAAGCUAAAGAUGCCCUUGAUGGAAUGAUGCUAGGAUGCAAGAGGGUGGUUGUGAGAUGGGCCAACAGUGUCAGCAAGGAAGAAUUAGAUAGGCCAAAACCGGAAUUGGUGAUACCUGCAUUGGCUGGGGCAAAAAGUGAGACAAAACUCAGUCGACAGACUGCAAUCCAGGCUAUUGAAGCCAAGUUAAAGAUGAUGGAACACAGUUCAGUUAAUGACUUUGAGGUGAACAAUGCUCCGACAGGAAGCUUGUUUGCACCACAGCGCCUUCAUGUAACACAAGCCUCAACAGCAAGAUACCGAUCAAGAGGAAGAUAUGAUUCAAGACCAUAUAGAAGACCCUCAAAGCUUCGAAGAUGAUCUUCUAAUUGUAUUACUUCUUUAGACAUUAGAUUCUCGUUUAUGGAACUUGAAUUAUUAUAAUUUUAUUUAAAAAUGUUUACAAUGUAAGCACUGUAUUACAUGAAGCUUAUGGGUCUUCUGGGAUGACAGUGUGUACUUGGCAGUUGGGUAUUAAUGUUUCAGAGCAACGUGUCGUCUCUGUCCUCGACCUUUGAAAUGGAGGUAGCAGGUUUCUCCAAAACACUGGUACUUCUCCACAGCACCAUGUCCCAGGAUACUAUAAUUUUAAUAUCCACUACCAUGAGAACCUCAGUUCUGACACUAUUAUAUGUUGAUAACUGCACGUUUCUCUUAAGGAUACAUUUAACAGUCAUAUACACAGUGUUUAGAAUGUAUACAUGGGUUACUUAAAAAAUUUUUGGGGGGUAAACAUGUUACAAUGAAGAAAGUUCAGAAUAUACUUAUGAAAGGGCAUGAUAUACCCCUCCAAUUGGCUUAGUCAGAUCAGGUUAAUGUGAAGGGGCGUAGGUAUAAUAGGCAAGAAAAAUUGCACAUUAUGGAAUGACUUUUUUUUCAUUCUUUAAUCCUCAAAAAAUUCAAUUGUGAUUAAGAAAUAAAAAAUUCAGUGUGAGUUUCAUAAAAUUCGAUGCACAGUUGCCUGGUCAAUCCCUGUAUGUCUCUCUAACUCCUUCAGAGACCAGCGCCUAUCUUCCUCCAUGCACUGGACGACCACAGCAUGAGAAACAUCGGCACGAACGGACGCAGCGCAUCCACGACGUUGCAAGUCAGCACUUGCUUCUCUUCCACGUUGGAAUGCUUCUAUCCAGCUUGCAACAGUUCUGUAUGGUAGAGCAUGAUCACCCAGAGCUUCCACAAGCUCUGAGUGACAUUCAGUCACAUUUCUUCCGUGAAGCAGUGCUGUUUUCACAUAACAACGCUGUUCCAGCCGGCUAACGUUCACUCUCAACGAAGGUUAUGAUCACACUGACGUCGUGCUGGACUCGCUUUGUUGUCCUUGGACUUCCGCAUCAUCUAGCGGCAUCAUUAGAAAUCAAGACAUUGCUGUUGCUCAGCGGCAAAUUUGGAGAUUCCGGUCGAAUUUUCAGAAAUAUUAUGCUGCCAUGCCUUUUGAAGUAACCCACAUAUAAUUAAAAUUUCCUGCAUAUGAAGGUAUUUCUGCCCAUACCAAAAUACCUGCACAGUUCCUAGAACUAUAACCUGGCUGCAAAAAUAAUCUAUGACUCCACCUGCAUGUGAAAUAGCAACCCCCCAACCUGGGGAGAAGGUAGCAUUUCAACAGAUCUUAAUUUCAACUUUAGAGUGUGAAAAUGCAAUCAGGAAGACUGGUAGUGAAAUAGUGCUUACAAAUAAAACAAGUGGGAGAAACAUAGGGACCAAUGAUAUAAUCACCCAGCAGGCAAUUCUACACAAUGAGAACUGAUGCUUAUUCCUUGUAACUCACAUAAUGGCCAUGGUUUAUGCUAACCGUCUUACAGUGUAUACACUUUUUCAGCAGUACAACGCGUGCAGUAACAGGAGCAAAAC